GUACGUCCCGCCUUCCCCUGCGCCAGGGCCGGGGUGGUAGACACCGCCUCUGCGCGCUGCCCCUCCCCGUUGGUUUCCGCGCGAAAAGCCGGGGCUGCCUGCGCUGCUGCUGCCGCUUCUGCUGCAGCGUCCGCGAUGCCGGCCCGCACCGCCCCAGCCCGUGUGCCUGCUCUGGCCGCCCCGGCCAUCUCGCUGCCCGAUGAUGUCCGUAGGCGGCUCAAAGAUUUGGAAAGAGACAGCCUGACAGAGAAGGAGUGCGUGAGGGAGAAAUUGAAUCUCUUGCAUGAAUUUCUGCAAACGGAAAUAAAGAAUCAGUUGUGUGACUUGGAAACCAAGUUGCAUAAGGAAGAACUCUCCGAGGAGGGCUACCUGGCUAAAGUCAAAUCCCUUUUAAAUAAAGAUUUGUCCUUGAACGGAGCUCACGCCUUGAGCCGAGACGCCAACGGCUGUGUAGGAAACGGGAGCCAGGCAAGCGGCGAAGAGCGGAGAGCGGGCAUGGCGGAGCCCAGCAGACCCCCCAAACCCAGCGCCAAAGCUCGCACGCCCAGGAGAAGCAAGGCCGAUGGCGAGCCCAAGAUGGAAGACUUACCGAGCCCCAUGGUGACGAGGAGGAUCACCAGGCAGACCACCAUCACGUCUCACUUUGCCAAGGGCCCUACCAAACGGAAGCCCGAGGAGUUGGAAAAAGCCAAGUCGGAUGAGUCCGAAGAGGAAAAGGACCAGGAGGAGAAGAGACGGAGAGUCAGAUCCACAGAACGAGUCCCUGAACCUCUUCCUGCAGAAGAACCGGACAACACGACCCCAGGAACCCUCGCCGUAGGGGAAGAAGAGAGACGUGAUAGAGAAGAAAAGCGGCUCAGGAGUCAGGCCAGAGACCUGACACCCAAACCAAAACCCGAGGAGGAGCCCGACCAGGAAGCCGGACCAGGAACUCAGGCCGAGAUGGAGGAAGAAGGCGAUGAGAAAGACGAAAGGAGGCCCAGAAGUCAACCCAAAGACCUAGCCGCCAAACGGAGACCCGAGGAGAAAGAACCUGAGCGGGUGAACCCACAAAGCUCUGACGAACGGGAUGAGGAUGAGAAGGAGGAGAAGAGACGCAAAACUACGCACAAAGAACCAACUGAGAAAAAAACGGCUCGCAACAAAGUCCAGGUGAACCCCAAGCCUCCCAAGUGCGUGCAGUGCGGGCAGUACCUGGACGACCCGGAUCUCAAGUACGAGCAGCACCCCCCGGACGCGCUGGAGGAGCCGCAGAUGCUGACGAAUGAGAAGCUGUCCAUCUUCGAUGCCAAUGAGUCCGGCUUUGAGAGUUACGAGGCCCUCCCCCAGCACAAACUGACCUGCUUCAGCGUGUACUGUAAGCACGGCCACCUGUGCCCCAUCGACACCGGCCUCAUCGAGAAGAACGUGGAGCUCUGCUUCUCGGGUUCAGCGAAGCCGAUCUACGAGGACAACCCGUCGCAGGAAGGCGGUGUCAAUGGCAAGAACCUUGGCCCCAUCAACGAGUGGUGGAUCACGGGCUUCGAUGGCGGGGAGAAGGCCCUCAUCGGCUUCAGCACCUCGUUCGCCGAGUACAUCCUCAUGGACCCCAGCCCCGACUACGCGCCCAUCUUCGGGCUGAUGCAGGAGAAGAUCUACAUCAGCAAGAUCGUGGUCGAGUUCCUGCAGAGCAAUCCCGACUCCACCUACGAGGACCUCAUCAACAAGAUCGAGACCACCGUUCCCCCUUCCUCGCUGAACCUGAACCGCUUCACGGAGGAUUCUCUGCUCCGCCACGCCCAGUUUGUGGUGGGACAGGUGGAGAGCUACGACGACGCCAAGGACAGCGACGAGCAGCCCAUCUUCCUGACCCCCUGCAUGCGAGACCUGAUCAAGCUGGCCGGGGUCACCCUGGGGCAAAGGCGGGCGGAGCGGCGGCAGACCAUCAGGCAUUCCGCCAAGGAGAAGGACAAGGGGCCCACGAAGGCCACCACCACAAAGCUGGUCUACCAGAUCUUCGACACCUUCUUCGCCGAGCAGAUCGAGAAGGAUGACCGAGAGGACAAGGAGAACGCCUUCAAACGCCGGCGCUGUGGUGUCUGCGAGGUUUGCCAGCAGCCCGAGUGUGGGAAGUGCAAGGCGUGCAAGGACAUGGUGAAGUUCGGGGGCAGUGGCCGGAGCAAGCAGGCCUGCCAGGAGAGGCGGUGCCCGAACAUGGCCAUGAAGGAGGCCGAUGACGACGAGGAGGUGGACGACAACAUCCCAGAGAUGCCUUCCCCCAGGAAGAUGCACCAGGGGAAGAAGAAGAAGCAGAACAAGAACCGCAUCUCCUGGAGUGGGGACGCGGUCAAGGUCGACGGGAAGAAGAGUUACUACGAGAAGGUGUGCAUCGACGCGGAGACCCUCGAAGUGGGGGACUGCGUCUCUGUGAUCCCGGAUGACUCCUCCAAGCCCCUGUACUUGGCCAGAGUGACAGCCCUGUGGGAGGACAGCAGCAACGGGCAGAUGUUCCACGCCCACUGGUUCUGCGCCGGCACCGACACGGUCCUGGGGGCCACAUCGGACCCCCGGGAGCUGUUCCUGGUGGACGAGUGUGAGGACAUGCAGCUGUCGUACAUCCACAGCAAGGUGACGGUGGUCUACAAGGCGCCCUCGGCGAACUGGGCCAUGGAGGGAGGCAUGGACCCCGAGUCCAUGCUGGCAGGGGAUGACGACGGCAAGACCUACUUCUACCAGCUGUGGUAUGACCAGGACUACGCGAGGUUCGAGUCUCCCCCCAAGACCCAGCCCACGGAGGACAACAAGUACAAGUUCUGCGCCAGCUGUGCCCGCCUGGCCGAAAUGCGGCAGAAAGAAAUCCCCAGGGUCCUGGAGCAGCUUGAAGACCUGGACACCCGGGUCCUCUACAGCUCCGCCACCAAGAAUGGUGUCCUGUACCGCGUGGGCGACGGCGUGUACCUGCCCCCUGAGGCCUUCACGUUCAACAUCAAGCCGUCCAGUCCCGUGAAGCGGUCGCGGAAGGAGGCCGUGGACGAGGAACUGUACCCGGAACACUACCGGAAGUACUCGGACUACAUCAAGGGCAGCAACCUGGACGCGCCCGAGCCCUACCGCAUCGGCCGCAUAAAGGAGAUCUGGCGGCGCUCCGUGCAGUUCUCCGUGCGCUCCGGAUUUUAAAAGUUUUUUAUUAUGCAUUAUAUCAAAUGACCACUGUCCGAGUGGAAAUUAAACUUUAUGUAGUUUUUAUAUGUUGUAAUAUUUCUUCAAAUAAAUCUCUCCUAUAAACCUC